AGUUGAGACUCAUCCUCCUGGGCGGGGUGAGGUGGCAGUCCAGUCCUCCCGUAUCCCAGCAGGCAGUGCAGUCUGGAGACGCUGACAAAGGAGCGGGGAGCAGUCGCAGCUGCUUUGGAAGGAGCCACUGUUACUGAGUGUUUGGAUGUGGGUCUCUGCAUCUUCUCCCACAAGUUGAUGGAUGACACCCCUCUGAUGACUAUUGGACUACACACCCAUCUAUGAAUUGCCAAAAUGUUUUGGAGUUUUUAACUGAAUCUAAGAAAGUCCAAAAUAGAUUUGAGACCGUAAAGACGGAAGCUGCAGCAAGGGGGAUUCAGUGCCAAUGCAUCAACAAAAAAGACAACCAGAGUUAGUGGAAGGAAAUCUUCCUGUUUUUGUCUUUCCCACGGAGCUGAUCUUUUAUGCAGAUGAUCAGUCGACACAUAAGCAAGUGUUGACACUGUACAACCCCUAUGAGUUUGCCUUAAAGUUCAAAGUUUUAUGUACAACUCCAAAUAAGUAUGUUGUUGUUGACGCCGCAGGUGCAGUGAAGCCUCAGUGCUGUGUGGAUAUUGUGAUUCGUCAUAGAGAUGUUCGAUCCUGUCACUAUGGUGUGAUAGACAAAUUCCGCCUCCAAGUCUCAGAGCAAAGCCAGAGGAAGGCUUUAGGAAGGAAAGAGGUUAUUGCUACUCUCCUCCCAUCUGCGAAAGAACAACAAAAGGAAGAAGAGGAGAAAAGAAUAAAGGAACAUUUAACCGAAAGUGUCUUUUUUGAGCAGUCGAGUCAACCAGAAAACAGAGCUGUCUCUUCAGGACCUAGUUUGCUAACUGUCUUCCUGGGAGUGGUAUGUAUUGCGGCCCUGAUGCUGCCUACUCUGGGGGAUGUGGAAUCGCUGGUGCCUCUCUACCUCCACUUAAGUGUGAAUCAAAAAUUAGUGGCUGCUUAUAUCUUAGGUCUUAUCACAAUGGCUAUACUUAGAACAUGAGCAAGGAUUAAAACUGACUUCUGACGUAAAUCUAUCUUAAAUAUGAAUGUGGACUGCCUUUUAUCUCCAUUUCACUCCAUUAACACACUACAAAAUAUUGAAUGAUUUCAAGUAACUGCAAAUGUGUAAUUUAUAUUUUCAAUUAGUCUAUAAUUUUAUUUGAAGGACUCUAGCACUUUAUGUUACAGACAACAAAAAGAUACUUCUGUGUGAUACAUAAGGAAUUAUUUGAAGAAAUUCUUUUAAAAUCUAUACCUAUUUGCAAAUAACUUUAAAUAUUAUUUUCAUCCUUUUUUGUCUAAUUCAAUUUGAUAAGGGUCAUAGUUCCUUCAAAAUUUAAGACCUAAACGGGCAACUGACCAGCUUGAAAAUAAAAUGACAUUUAUUGACUAGACCCAAGUAUCAGCAUUGCUAUGUAAAUCAUAAAUCUUGCUCUAACACUGCAAGGAGUUGCUGUAGUAUUUUUAAUACAGGUAUGUUACAGUCAGUAUGUGAGAGGGCUGAGAAAACAAGGUACUUACUGAGGGGUCACACCUGCCCUAGAGGUAAGGUACUUACUGAAGGGUCACAGGUACCCUAGAGGCUCACAGAACACAAGUUGUAUUUAAAUCUAAAUCAUCUUACAAACCACAGACCAGGCUGUGGUCUGGACAUCAGGCACUUCAUAGAAGUAGGCUGACUUCUCUAUUUGGCCUGAGAGUUCUAAAGGACGAUAGGUAUUUUUUAAACGUAAUUUGUUCAUCCUGGCUUUACCGCUGGUUAACCCUUAAUGUUAUUAAGGGGAAAGCCACCUUUUGGUUUUCUCCCAAGUCUCUUGCUUGCCUGAGCGUAAGUGACUUGCCCUCAUUAGGAAUGUCAGAUGACAGUUUCCAAGGACAUGAUUUUUUUCACCUUCAAACUCUAAGCCAGGUAGAGAAAGCCCUAGAUAUCUCUGUCUAUUUUGUAUCAGUCACUGAGACAUUUUUUAAGUUUUUAUUUAUUAAAACAAUUACCAAAAAAUGUCCCCUAAGCACAACUAUUUCCAUUUCUUUAUAGCAUUUUCUGACCUGACAUUUGUGCAAUUUUAACUGUUCUUGUCACAGCAACUGAUCUUUUUUGUCCUAGGAUUUUUAUCUGAAAGCACAAUGCAUUGAGUCUCUUGAAAAUAGAUUUCUCUUUCAGCUGUUUUUAAUAAACCUUAUGCACUGCUAAUGUAGCAUUCUCAAGGAAUAUAUGUAAACACAAAUGUAUGCCUGAAGUUGACUUUUUGCAGGAAACAGUACUCUGCUUCCAGAAGCUUUUUGUCUAGUAUUUCAUAGGAAAUCAUUGUUUAACCAUUUGAGGAACAUAAAUCAUCCAGUGGAUCAUGUCUGUAUGUUGUAUAACGACUGAAAAGCACAUAAAUGUAAUCAACUUUGAACUCAUAAAAACAUGUUUGUGAGGUUCUA